AUGGAUGACGCUGCUGCACUUCUACGGCUGUUCACGGACUAUCGCAAUGUCCAGUACGACAAGUCAUGUGCCGACUUGAAUAGUGCUGAUGCUAUUGGCAAUCUGAUCAAGCAAUGGAAGGCAGUCGAUCUACCAUUACAGCGCGCAAAUUUCGUAAUCGUGAUUGACAUCAAAAUUGUCGGCACAGGUGGCUUGGGCUGGAUUGGUAGGAGGAAGACCGAUGGUAAACUGAUAGGCGAUGCGGGAUUGAUGUUGGACACGGACUUCCGUAACUCAGGCUACGGUUAUGAGUCGUUGUGCAUGAUCAUUGAUCAUGGUUUUGGUGUUCUGGGCAUAGACGAAGUGCACAUGGCUUGCGUGAAUGCUAAUGCUGCGUUUAAGGGUUUGAUGAACAAGAAGUUCGGAUUUCAAGCUGAAAGGAUAGAGGAUAAGAUGUUUGGAAACGAGUUGAUCUGGCGCAUUGCGAAGGAGGUAUGGGAAGAAAGUGCACACUCUGCCCAAGGCCGAGCUCGAGUUUGA